AUGAUUUUGAUAAAGUUACUCGGUGGUGGUGGUGUUGAUGUUCAAGGCAAUCUGACGUCAUUGACCAAAAGAAUUGGCUUCUUGGCAGACAAGUACUGUUUGACAAGACGAUGCUGAAGGACUUGGGAGAACCUUGGCUUGAAGAUGUUUCUAGCUAUGCCAAGACACUUGUAAAGACGCCUUCACCACCUGAAUGAUGAAUCACCAUCAUCUCCGGCCUUGCUCGGAAUUCUUGCCUUGCUGAUGCAUGGAAGCUAUUCAUUGCAUUGCCCCGAUCUCAUCUUACCUCCUGCUGCUCAUCCAUGAUCCAUUCUAUCCGCUUUCCAACAGAGUGGGUUGGAAUACUAAGCUCUGCUUCUUUUCAAAGCUAUGCUUUAGGGAAGAACUGAAACAUGCCACUCUCUCAUCAGUGCUUUCACCGAAGGCAAACAAACAGAUAUUUUCCCAACUCCUGAAGAGGGGGCUUCGUGACAGCAACAUUCAGGCGGCUAAUUCUGCCCUCUCUAUGAUGUUCAUGAAAUCAGGUUGCUUGUAUAGUGCAAGGAAUCUGUUCUGUUCAACUGCAUCAUGCCUCAAAUGGACUAUUUUCACAUGGAAUACAACGCUUUCUCAAUACAGGCUGAGGCAGCAUGGUCAUGUUUUAGAAGCAGUCAUGACAUUUUAUCAGAUGCUCAAAGCUGGUUUCCGACCUGACAAGGUCAUUGCUGAACGGAUGCAGGAUGUUUGGGAUUUUUAGAUUAGGUGUUUACGAAGCGGAUCGGGCCUCAGGACUUGAACCUGAGAUUGAUAUCACAUGUUUCUUGGCCAUGGAUAUGUAUUCAACUGUUGGAAGAUAUGCAGAGGCCCAUAGCUUAAGGUGGAUUAAUGAAACUGGCAGGAAAAGGAUCCAAGUUGUAGCUGGGUACAAGUUAAAGACGAGACACAGUAUUUUACCACUAGAGGUGAGACCUAUCUUAAAACAAAUGACAUAUAUAUACCUGGUCCUUCAGCUGUUAUCAGAUGCUAUGGUGAAGGAUGAUGAUUUCUGAAUAGAGAUUAUCAACCAUAUAGUGGCCUUUCCUAGUUUAUCCUCUUUAUCUGGUUAGUAAUACAAUUUGCAUCCAUUUAAUCACAACUCUUAUGAAUUUCACUUAUUUGUAUAUGUACCUUUUUUCUUUCAAUAUUGUUGAUUGCUCUCGUGUUUAUUACUCAUCGGAUACUUGUUUUCUAAUCCAACUGCUUGCAUAUUUACUUGUCCUAUGAGUUCCAAAUGUCUACUUGAACAUUUUAUUGAUAAGUAGGCAGAUACUAAUCAUUCUGCCAUGAACCAUUGAACGUCAGUACUUACUUUAUAAAUGGGCAUGUUAGUGAGAGUGCUUUUUAGGACAACUGCUAGGUAUACAGAAAUUACUUUCUAAGGUUGGCUUGUACCUUUCUUCUUUUGCAAAUUCUAUCAACAUUGUUUUUAAUCUUUUGGGAACUCUUGACAUCGGUGUCUUUGUAUUAUUAUCCCAAUUGUCUAAACCUGUAGUAGGCUAUUACAAAUGAUGCCUGGUUCAUUGCCUUAUACUGCUUAGCUUUUAUUGCCAUUUUUGUUGGUAGCAGGUUCCUCGAUCUUACACUUACAAUUUUCAUAGGUUUGUGGUGUGCUAUUGACUAAGUUUAGCUGUGAAACUUUGCCCUAAAAAUAUUAGAUAAGGAAUCUCCUGGAUAUGGAUGGUAUUAAUUUCCUCUGCUGAACUCAUACAAUCAUUCUGUUUGUUUAGCUGUUGAUUCUUUUUCUUUUUUUUUUUCUACGUGUAAAUUAGGUUCUUGUGUGAUCUCUUGAAACAUCCAGCAUACAAGAAAAGCAAAUUCCACAUAUUACCACUCUGCCAGAUCGAGCAUCAGCUUCAUUAUGUUCAUUGUUGUCAUUGGCCUUUUGCCAUUCCCUUGCUUCAGGAAAUUCAUGGUUAGUGUGUCUUCUUUACUUGUUUCUAUAUGCUUCAUGUCAUUUUAUUCCCAGGGAUGCAGAUGAAUCCUGCUGUUCAUUCCAUUGUCUUUUUUUAUCCAUUUAUUUAUUCGUUUUUAUCAAAAAGAAAAUCUAGAGAAGAAAUAUAUUUACUCUAAUUGCAUAGAUAAGAAAUAUUAUUUUGAGAAGUGCUUGCUGAUUAUGAUUUGGUCAUAAAUUAUAGUUAGCAGUAACUCAGCUACCCUAUACAUAUGUCAUGAACAGUAGUGAGAAUCGUAAUUUACCAAAUUUUAAAGACCACUACCACUAUCAUUUAUGGUUAACCCUACCCUUUUCAACGUUGGUGUUCACUAGAAGGUGCCUCCUAUCCUAGGCUCCACUAUGGGCUUCUAGCCCAAAUUUUUGCAGCCUCUAUGCUUGUACUGGUAUACUAAUGAAAGCGGCUGGCAGAAACUUGAUCUUCUGAUUUCCUCUUCAAUACCAGCCACUUUCUCAUUUCUCUUUCAAACCCUUGGAGUGAUUGUUUGCUGGUAACUGGUAUAUACACCUUCUCCUUGGAGGAACCUAAAACCUCAAUGUUGUCCUGUACUGAUUGCAUAUGGGGAUGACCAUUGCCACGGUCAUCCUUUGCGUUACUGCUACAAAGACUUGUCACUUGUGGAAAUUUGGCAAGGACAAACUCUUAAGGGACAAAGCAUGGGCAAUUCCCAUGCUGAUGAUGGAGAUUUGAAGGGACAUGGAUUAAAAGACUGUACCCUGUUUGCAGAAGCAGAUUGAGCAUCUUCACAUGCUUCAACCGGAGAACAUUGGUCAGUGGAUAAGAUCAACAUCCUGUUGGAUCAGCCAAAAUUGCUGAGCUUCUGAGCUUCUGUGUUGUAAUGCGAUUAGUAUUCCUGUAGCAUUCAUGGCUUUGUUGUACAUUUCCCUUAUCCUUCCUUAGUAAAUAUAUUCCCAAUUUCUGGACAAAAGCAAAGGUCUUGGGUGCUCACUAGUGCACCAAUCAACUUUGUCUGCAAGCCCUAUGCAUUCGUUAGUUUUGUGGCAAUCUAUAAAAUCCGCAGAACUAUUGGUUAGCUCUUGUGCUUGUUCUUUGUAUCAUUAAGACUGGAAUAGGUUGGCAGAGACAGCCAAGUGAAAGCACGAGGCUGUGUUUGUUACAACUAACAAAGAAAAGGAUACAUUGAACCAGAGGAUUGCAUGUAAGCAUAUUGUAUUUUGUAUGCUGAAGAGAAAUGGAACUCCUGCAAUGGCUCCACUGAAGCCAUUGGCAAUUUGAAU